AUGGUCGAUAUCAACGUCGUGGAGAUCCCAGCAUCAUUCGAUCCAUUUGCUGAAGCCGAGGAAUUCAGCACCCACGGAACCAAGGAGUGUGUACAUAUCCGCAUACAGCAAAGGAAUGGAAAGAAAAGCUUGAUAACUGUUCAGGGGCUGAAGUUGGAGGGUCUAAGGAAAGAGUACUCGAGUUACGAAAAGAUCCUCAAAGAUCUCAAGAAAGAACUGUGCUGCAACAGCAAUGUCAUGCAGGACACGGAGCUUGGCAAGGUGAUACAACUCCAGGGCGAUCAGCGCAAGAAUGUCUCUCAGUUUCUUUCGAAUGCUGGGAUUGUGAAGAAGGAUCAGAUCAAGAUUCAUGGUUUUUAAUUAGUUGCUGCAUUAAUAUAAGUAUUGUGUGUGAAUUGAGUGACGGUUGACCUGUUUCCUUUUUCUUUAGUUUUUUUUUUUUUUAAUAUCAGCUACUUGUAUUGCUCAUGAUAUUGUCAUGAAUUUCAUCUGUUCUUUGUUUUUCAAUAAUAAA